UAUGAAUGCAGAAUUUCGUUGCCAAGUGUGAAGAGUGAUUAUUCAUACCUCAACAUGAUUUUGUGAGUACCAUGCCUACACCACAUUCGUGGACAAAUACCAAGAGCAAUUGUCAACAAACUUGAGAGCUUGGAAGGAGUCCAUCCAGACAGCUCUGGUCAAUGCUGGAGAAGCUGAGCGACUCCUUCUGCAGAGUGAAGAGGCACUCGAUCGGAUGGUACUUGCAACUGGGUCUGAAAUCGUCGAUAAGAGGAGGGCUUAUUAUCAACAAGAAUACUUCUAUGUUAAUACUAAGUUCAAGCUAUUCUUAGCAAAGUUCAAAGCCUUAAGAUUGUACAAAGUUGAUCGUUUGUACAUUACAAAGAAUUCAAAUGAGUCAAGGAAGGUUUAUCGCAACUAUUUCUAUCCUAUGAAACACCAAUUAAAGAAUUUGAACCUUGUUUGAAAUACUCUGACUUCUAAGCUUGGAUGGCAUUUGUCAUUGAUCACUCAGAACGCUUUCAAAACCAAAACUUUGACUUUACGCAACUACACAAUCUCAAUGGCUCAGUUCAAAAGGAUUCUGGUCGCUUGCAACACAAUCGAGCAUCUUAUAUUGAACAACUGUAAGAUUGAUGCAGACUUUGACUCUGAACCAGACUCAUGCCUCAGUAAGGAGGCUCACAAAGGAUCUACAGUAGGCAAGCUCAGCCUGGUGAAUUGUGACAUCCAAGACAGCAAAGAGGCUUUCGAGCAUUUCAUGGCCAAAUUGAGCCCAACAACUGAAGUCAACUUUUGUUAGAGGAACUAGUAAAGCUCGAGACAGUUAAUUCAA